GGCAUCUGCCCUGCAUGGUAUCUUUGCGAAAAUUCGUGCCCCUUAAUUUAGCUCCCAGAAAUUGCGUUUGCGUGUCCACGGGUCACGCCUGAGCCUUGCGCCAUGCGCUUCUAUAUAAGAGGCACAUAUGCCCCAUUCCAAAUCUUGAUGAUAGCCUCUUCAUCGAACCAGUCCAUUGCUUAACCUAGUGUUUUAGCCAUAGACAACAUGCCAGACAAUCACUCAGGACACUCUUUUGAUGCCACACGGACCCUCUCAGGGUCCGGGCAAGAAACAGAGUACUUGGAUUUACCCGUGCGUCAAGUCACCCGCGAUGCCAACCUAGAAGAAUACACAACAGAAACGGCCGCCGGUCAAAUCAUCAAGCCCGUUCGGUCCGCUGCUUCGGGGAAGAUGGAGGACUGGAAGCUAGUGACGUUCACCAUCGACGAUCCGGAAAACCCCAAGAAUUGGUCCAAAGCGUUCAAAUGGUAUUGUACCAUGGUGGUUGCGUUCACUUGCUUCGUUGUCGCCUUCGCGAGUAGUGUGAUCACGGCCGACAUUGAAGGACCGGCUGAGGAGUUUGGUGUCUCGCGAGAAGUCAGUCUCGUGGUGGUCACAGUCUUUGUCAUUGGGUUUGGUGUUGGCCCGAUGGCAUUUGCGCCUAUGUCAGAGAUGUUUGGCCGUCGGCCAGUCUAUGCCUUCACACUCCUCCUAGCGGUCAUCUUCAUCAUUCCUUGUGCGGUGUCGAAGAAUAUCGGGACGCUCAUCGUAUGCAGAGCAAUUGACGGCAUUGCUUUUAGCGCCCCGAUGACUCUGGUCGGUGGUACUUUGGCGGAUCUGUGGAAAAACGAAGAGCGGGGAGUGCCCAUGGCAGCCUUCUCCGCAAGCCCCUUCCUGGGCCCCGCCAUUGGUCCACUUGCCGGCGGCUACCUGGCCGACGCCGCGGGGUGGAGGUGGCUCUACUGGCUGAUGUUGAUCCUGGCCUUCGUCUCCUGGGUGCUGAUCAGCUUCACUGUGCCCGAAACCUAUGCUCCAACGAUCCUGAAGCGGAGAGCCAAGAAGCUCCGGAAGACAGAGAAUGAUCCCAAGUACGUGACUGAAACGGAACUGGACUCUCGGCCGAUGGGUGAGAAGCUGCGCAUCUUCCUCUUCCGCCCCUUCCAGCUGUUGUUUCUGGAACCCAUCGUCUUCUUCAUCUCGAUCUACAUGUCCGUGCUGUAUGGUCUGCUGUACAUGUUCUUCGUUGCGUACCCCAUCGUGUAUCAGGGUGGAAAGGGCUGGAGUGCCGGAUCGACCGGUCUUAUGUUCAUUCCCUUGGCCAUCGGUGUCGUCAUGAGCGCGGCUUGCUCGCCAUUUAUCAACAAGCACUAUCUGUCGCUGUACUCCAAGUAUGGCGGGAAGCCCCCAGCAGAAGCACGCUUGAUUCCUAUGAUGUUCUCGUGCUGGUUUAUUCCGAUUGGGCUUUUUAUCUUCGCAUGGACAUCAUACCCGCAGAUCCACUGGUUCGGACCUGCCAUCGGUGGCUGGCCAGUGGGGUUCGGCUUUAUCUUUCUGUACAACUCGGCCAACAACUACCUUGUCGAUACGUACCAGCACCAAGCAGCAUCCGCCCUUGCCGCAAAGACUUUCCUCCGAUCUAUGUGGGGAGCAUCCACAGUCCUCUUUACCGAGCAGAUGUAUGACCGAUUGGGUGACCAGUGGGCCAGUACCUUGCUGGCCUUCAUUGCGUUGGCCUGUUGCGCCAUCCCUUACGUCUUCUAUUUCAAGGGCGAGUCUAUUCGCCGCUUCUCGCGAUUUGCCUAUAACGAAGAUGAGGAGAAUUCCGGCCAGAUCGAGAAGAGCUAAAAUGCUAUCACUCUAUGAGAACCCAGCGCAUAAUUUCCGUGCUACAAAAGAUACUUUUACAUUGAAUUAGAUGUAGAUUUCCUGGGCUGGAUUCCACAAUUCCGCAAAGAUUGGCACCUGGGACGUUGUUUGGACUUAUGAGUGACAUGUUUUGAAUGUUUGGAUUAUAUAUACCACUAAUAUAGAAGAUACACCCCGAGAGAUGUUUAAUAAAGUUAGUUCACUGAGAGAAUUUAGCUCGUCGAGGCCUCGGAAGAAAAGCAAAUGGUUUAACCUAGGUACGGCUAAGCCAGGUCUGACAAUGGAACGUGAAAGUAUUCCAAAUAUUACCAAGACCAACGUACGAGAUACCGGCCAAUUAGAUGUAUCUACGGAGGAGAUGGUUCUACUCCGUACUAUAUCACCUCCUACUAAUAAUAAAUUAAUAAUAGUUUAUAUAUGUGGAGUACCAACGGAGUAGUCAGGUCGAAAAUAUUUCCAGUUUACCCACUUUCAAGAAUUUUUUUUUCUCGAGGUACCUGAAUUUAGGGAUUAAUACCGCUAACUGAUAGGUACUGUGAUCCCUAAGCUUAGAUACUACUACUUCUAUUACUACUAGUACCAGUACCAAGAAUUAUAAGACCC